UAUCAAGCUCGAGUUCAAGGGCGUCGAAGGAAACUUUCCUUGUUAGCACUGAUGGGUCGUAAAUUUUGGAUAGCUGCAAUUUUGGUUCCUCUUUUUUUUUACUUUAUUUUGAAAUACCAAGAUGCUGAUUUUAUAUUGAUGAUGUACGAGAAGAUCGGCCAAGAUCCUGCAACUGCAUUGCGAGGAAAAGUUGUGUGGAUCACUGGUGCUUCCAGCGGGAUUGGAGAAUACUUUGCAUAUGAACUGGCUAAAUACGGCUGUAAACUAGUGCUGUCUGCACGGAGGAAGGCAGAGUUAGAGAGAGUCAAGAAAAACUGUGCAGCAAUUGCAGCUGGUAUUGAUGCUUCAUUUAACAAAGAUCAAGAUAUUCUUGUACUUCCAUUGGAUUUGAUGAAAUAUGACACACAUGGCAACCUGACUCAAGAUGUCCUUAAGCAUUUUGGAAAGAUUGAUAUUUUGGUGAACAAUGGAGCUCGUGGCCAGAGAUCUUGGAUGAGAAGCACUCCUUUAGAGGUGGACAGAGCUAUAUUUGAUUUAAAUGUGAUUGGUACCAUCUCUAUGACCAAAGCAGUUCUUCCACACAUGAUUGAACGCAAAAAAGGACAAAUUGUGGUGGUUAGCAGUCUCGCCGGAAAGACAGCAUUACCCCACUCAGCUACUUAUUGUUCCACCAAAUAUGCACUGCAAGGAUAUUUUGAUGGCGUACGGUUUGAGCUGGCUCGACAUAACAUCCACGUGCAGACGGUUCUUCCAGGGCCGGUAAAGUCACAAAUCAGUGAGAAAGCUUUCACUGGGGAUAUCAAAGUCGAUUUCGGAGACUCACCAGAGUAUGUCAAGAUAAAGUUUCCACUAAUGCCGACUGAACGCUGUGCAAAACUUAUGGUGGUCGGAAUGGUAAACAACUUGGAUGAAAUAUGGAUCUCAGAGAACCCAAUGCUGUUAGGGACUUACAUAAAAGAGUAUUUUCCAAUCCUCUAUAAAUGGAUCUCACAGCCUUUAAUGGAUAAAGUAAUUACUACUCUGGAGUUAAAGACAUCACCAUGAGGGAUACAACGACCAGCCCAGCAGAUGUUACACCCACCCCCUCUCCCCCUAGAAAAUGUGUCAAUUUGUACUGAGAUGCGCCCGUCUGAAAAAAUAGAGUGGGGUUCAAUGUUCGAAAAUUCCAAGUCCUUAGUUUUUAGAAUUUUUAUAUUGAAGUAGUAGGCUAAUAAGGGGUGACAAAAGGCACUUCAUGAUUUUUCACAGGUUGUCUGCAUAUUGACUUGAGCUUAUAAAUUACGGGCUUAUUGUAAUACAGACAAUAGACAUCUAAUCUUGAAUCUACGUAACAAACCGAGAAAAGAUGUUUACACUGAAACAAGAAUUACAAUUAUAAACUGUAAUUAAGAGUGCUGUGGGAAUAACGCAAAACAGUUAUGUGUAAACCUGUUAGCAAAAUUAAACUAGUUUCGACAACA